AUUAAAAUGAGUAAAAUAAUUUUUAAAUAGUAAUAGGUUUCGUCAUAAAAAGUGAAUUUAAGUAUAUAAAUAGGAAUAAAAAUAAAAAUAAAAACAUUAAUAAACAUAAAAAAAUAUAAAUGAUAAACUUUGUGGAUAGAUAUGAAGAUCAAAAAGAAGAUUAGUUUGAUUAGGAACUUGGACUAUUUGGUUUUUUGAGUUCUCCAAAUACUUUACAUUUAUCUGAUUAAGUCUAAACCUCUUGUAUAGAUUAAGGUAUAUAAUAUCAUAAGAAUUUUGUUAGAUUCGAGUUUAUCGACUCCAUAACAGCAAGAAAUUCAAAAAAUAAAAUUACCAAUUCAAAGAAGACGUCCUCCAAAAAGAAUUUAAUACACUUACCAUAAGAAAAAGAAGCGCCCUGCCCCAAAACCUAUUAUUCAUAUAAAAGAAAAUGGUUUGAAAGUGUGCCUUGUAAUGGAGAAACCUAAAUCAAAUGCUCAUCCUUUCUCUAGUAUUGAAGAUAAGAGAAUUCUAGAGCUUGUUCUUAAGAUAGGACCAAAGUUUUAUAAAAUAUCAAAAUCAUUUCCAGGCAAGAGUGUAAGCAUGGUUAAGAAUCGAUAUUACAAAUACCUUCGUUAUAGAUGGGAUCAAGUUAUGGGAAGGUAAUUUGAAUUUAACUAUCUUUUAGUGAGUAUAGACAUAUGAAUUCUCUACCAGAAGAUCCUUCUAUUAAUGCUCAAAAAGGAUUCAGAUCUAGUAAUGUCAAUGAUGAAUAUGAUUCUGAAUGCUGAAUAUGUUCAAAAAAAACAGAAUAGUGACUAUAUUUUUUGUAUACAUCGAGU